GGAAAUCAAUUCAAAUUGGUAAACGAAAACUCUCAGCAAUCCAAGUCCAUCAACAUGCCUUCAACAACAGCAACCAAAUCCAUGGUUGGUCGAGGAAAAACCCAAAAAGCUUCAAAAUCCACUUCCAGAUCUCAAAAGGCGGGUCUCCAAUUCCCUGUUGGUCGAAUUGCUCGGUUUUUGAAAAACGGUCGUUAUGCUCAACGAGUUGGUUCCGGUUCACCGGUUUAUCUCUCAGCGGUUCUUGAGUACCUUACUGCUGAGUUGUUGGAACUUGCUGGAAAUGCUGCGAGAGAUAACAAGAAGAACAGGAUUGUUCCGAGGCAUAUACAGCUUGCUGUGAGGAACGAUGAUGAAUUGAGCAAGUUGUUGGGAUCUGCUACCAUUGCUAAUGGUGGAGUUUUGCCCAAUAUUCAUCAGAAUUUGCUUCCUAAAAAGAUUGUCAAAGGGAAAGCUGAAAUCAACUCUGUUUCACAGGAAUUUUAGAUGUCUAGAUGUUGAAUUAGGAGGAAUUGGGUUGUGAAUUUUGAUUUUAAGGUAAAUUAGUUGGAAUUUGUUCGCAAGUGUUCUAUGUGAAUUGCAAGUUUGUUUCGUGAAUUUUAUGAAAAAUUAAUAGAUUUCUUCUAAUUACUAGUU